UCCGUUUAAGGGGUUAUAUCCUUAUCAGUAUCUCUUGUAACCUGUGUAACUUUACCCGUUAGUCUGAUGAUCUCAUAUGAUUGCAUUUGUUGAUCCAUCUUGUUUUUCAACCAAUAAUGGGUGCUCUAUCUAAAUCCAAGAUUCAUCCAACAUCGAUACACUUGCAGGUCGAGGAUAAUUACAACAAUCAUAAUUCAUCUACACAAACAGUUAAUCAUCCAAUCGCCAAGAGUAAAGUAUUUUUCAAAGUAAAUGGAUGGACUCAACCUUUCCAUGCACUUCAACUUCUUGCUUUCUUUUUCUUUUUCUUCUUUACUGGAAUCUGUUUCUUUAUCAUAUUUCCAUUGCUUCCAACAAGUCACCUUCGUAACACAAUUUACUCGAUAGCUGGCCUUUUAUUUGCAAGUCAUCUAAUUUUUUACCUGAUUAACAUUACAAUCAAUCCUGCUGAUCCUGCUGUGAUAGAUAAAUAUAGAAGAGACAAAAAUACAAAAACAAAUGAACAAGCAAACCAAAAAGGUCCAGCAACAUUUGACCGGUCCAAGCACAAUCAUGUCAUUGAGAAUCAAUUUUGCUACAUUUGCGAAGUAACCGUUGGAUCAAGAUCGAAACACUGUUCAGUCUGUAAUAAAUGUGUCUCUGAUUUUGACCAUCACUGUAAAUGGCUCAAUAACUGUGUUGGUGGAGCUAAUUACAGACUGUUUCUUGCCUGUGUUACAAUUGCAAUGCUUGGAGCCAUCAGCAUCUUUGGGUUAACGAUAGUAUUCACAAUUGCCUAUUUCAACAAAUCAAGCUGGUUUUACGACGAUGCGAUCUGGGAAAACGAUUUCAUCACAAAUGGUCUUCUUCGUGCCUACAUAACCAAUCCAUCAUCGAGUUAUCCAUCAAUAUGGAUAUCUAUUAUCAUAUUGACAUGUAUUUUAUCAUUAAUAACAGGCAUUUUGCUUCUCCAUCUUCUUUGCUUCCACAUUUUUCUCAAUUGUAUUGGCCUUUCAACUUAUGAGUUUAUUGUUUCUCGUCGUCAAACCAAAGACCUGGAGUUGGAAAACAAAACAUCAUUGAUUUCAUCUUCUUUGACUAAACUCAACCUAUCUUCCGGAUCAAUUCAAUUUACACGAUGGUUCCGUUGGUGUUGUCAUGAGCAAAAUGAUGAGAAAACCCAAAAAGUGACAGUAAAUGGUUCAACACCAGUUUUAAAUUCAAGUAGUUCUGACUCCAAAUCUACCAAAUCCAAUGCUACCAGUGAAACAACCAUUGUCUCAACCAAAAGCCAUGUUAACCAGAACUUGUUGACUGGAAGUUAUCAGAUGAAUGGUUCAUCGUUAUUUGAAAGGUUAACCUCUGCUUCAGCAGCCUGGAAUCUGCAACAAAAUCAAUUAAACAAACAAAAUGGUUCACUGUUAAAAGAGCCAAAAGUAGAGUCACUGGAUGACAAUUGUAACAAUAUAAACACAGAUUUAUACAUCAAAUCAAUACACAAUCAAAGAUCAUCAAUGUUGAGAAAUUCAUGGUUAAAUAGUCAUCGUUCAUUUGAGGAAUCACACGGUGAAGUCUACCUUGGUAGUCCUGAAAGGAGAUUUUGGGAAUCACUGAGGACAAAUAUACUUCCAGCCAAUGGAUUACCGUACAAUCAAUUAGCUUUAAACAAUGCCAAAAAUAGUAUUGAAUCUAAUAGCGAACAAUCAACGCACAAUUCAAAUGUAAAUUCAAUUGAAAACAUUCCUCAUUACCAGAUACCGUCCAAAGAGAUUCAUGUCCACCAAGACAACACGAAUGUCAACAAAUUCAAAGAUAUUAGUCCAUUGGAUUCAAAUGACAAACUGUCCUACUCAUUACAACCAACUGAACCCAUUUUCACGCCAAUUCAUUUUCGGAGCAACUUGAUCAAUGGCCGAACAAGUAGAUUAUCAUUUGUACCCAAGUUGAUGGAUUCCCCAACAGUAUUACCAACAUCAAAUACCUCUGAUGUUUCCAUUAUUAACACAGCUGCUAAUAAUGCCACAGCUAAUUUAAUUUCAAAUCUACCCUCAACUAAUCUACUCGAGUCUGAAGAUGACAAAGCAACUGCUGUUAUUAACUAUUCUAGUCGACAAUCUAAUCCAAAACUUAUGAUCAAAUCAAAAUCAGUUGACCAACACUCGGAAUCAAUGCUUAAUGGUCGACAGUCAACACAGCCUGACAUUUUAGCUGGAAUCGAGCGUUCAUUGCAAUCUUCAUCGAUUGAUAGUUUGCGGGAAAAUUUACGAAAUCAAUUGUUGAAUGAAAACAAAGGCAAAUAUUUUCCUAGAAGAGCAACAAUUGAUGAAAUUAAACCAGUCAACAAUCAAAAUGACCAUGAUUGCCAUAUUUCAAGGGACAACCAUGAUCUUUCAAAUGUUGACCCAAAAUUUAAAGUUUCCUCGGAAGACAAUCAAACAUCUGUUUUAACCAUACACAAUAGUCAACUAAAACGAAUCCAAUCAAACGUCGAAAUAUCUAGUCAAUUCUAAGUUGAUUACCAAAUGCUUUAUUUGGUAAAUUAAAAGUACAACUUGUAUUUUUGCCAAUCAAACAAGAUACAUAUAUAAAUAUAUUUACUUUAUGUAAUAUCAUCAAUCAUUUUUCCAUUUCCAUUUGUAUCAAUUGUGAUAUAUAAAAAAGAACCAAAUGAAAAUAAAGACAAUUUUCUGUUUUACCAACAA